ACGUUGUUAUUCUUAUCCCUCCUUUAUUUGACUAUAUCCUUUGCCGUCCCCAUCGAUGAUGAAGACGAUGAUAAAAUUUUGGGUGGUUACACCUGCAAGCAUUCCGUCUCCGAUCAUGUUUCUCUGAAUUCUGGAAGAUAUAGAUGUAGUGGCUCCAUCAUAAACAACCGAUGGAUUCUUUCAGCUGCUUACUACAGUAUAUUCCAAUUUCAAGUGAGACUUGGGGAAUACAGUUUGUCCACAGAUGAUGGUUCCAAGCAGCACAUUGAUCCAGUCAAAAUCAUUCCCCAUCCUAAAUACAACCACAGAACUUUGGACAAUGACAUCAUGUUCAUCAAAUUAUCCAAGCCAGCCAGUCUCAAUUCCCGUGUUUCAGCAAUCUGUCUACCAAGCAGCUGUCCAUCCACCAGAAAAAUAUGUUUAGUCUCUGGCUGGGGCAACAUUCUCAGCAGUGGCGAACAUUAUCCAGAUCUCCUACAGUGCCUACUUUCUCAGGCUGAGUGCGUUGGGGCUCAUCCAUGGAAAAUCACCAACAAUCGUAUGUUUUGUGCUGGAUACCUGGAAGGUGGAAAAAACACUUGUCAUGUAUAUAAUUUCCUUUUUCUCUAUUUUGCAUCAUAUAGUUCAGAUGGUGCUCAAAACACAUCCCAUUAUAUAAAUUAA